GUUGUUUACCCGAUCUCUUACGUGAAGUGUUCAGCGUGUCUCGUACAAACCAUUUACUGCGCGGAAAUAGUCGGGGUAUCACACUCUGCUGAUAUUCUACAUUCAACAUUUAACAUUUCAACAUUAGGUGAAACAUUUCGACAUUAGUAUAUGGAGGAUGGAAUUACGCCGUUAAUGAGAACAGGCUGUACCUAGGAUACGUCGAUGUAAGCUGAUAACAGAUGGGUCAAUAGCUUGCAAGCAUCCGCUCCCUGUCCUGCCAGUGGAUGUGAAUCGAUAGUCAUAGGAAAGGUAUCUGGAUUCUCCGUGCAGACAGACGAAAUGAUGUGACUGAGGAACUUAUAUACAAACCCAACAGUUAACAACAUGGAAGAGAAUGAUAAUACACCCAGUCAGCGAGACAUUCUCGACGUGAAUACGGGCGUCCAGAGACACUUCCUCAUAACGGAGGUCAGUGGAUUCACAACCUCGACCGAGGCCAGCGUCUUGGAAGACGACGUGGAGAAAGCACGGGAUGGAACAGGCGUGGAGGAAAGGAGGGAUGAGCGUGUUGAGGAAGGGAGAGAUGAGCGUGUGGUGGAGGAAGGGAUGAAUGAGCGUGUGACUGGUACAAAGGACGGUACAGACAUUGAGAAAACUACGUCGUCUGAAAGCGAUGCAACACAAAGUGCAACACGGCAUGAAGAGAUGGUGGAUGGGCACAGAAAUCACAGUGUACAGGCAGAUGCCACAAGUGAAAAAAAUAACAUAGAAAAUGUUGAAAAAAGUGGCAUUACAAUAGAAGGUAAUACUACUGCCCAAGUAACACCUCCUCCUCCAGAGAAAGUCCGCAGUAAAUUAGCACAAGAACUGGACAGACUCCAGGAACAGGACGACAUACGGGAGGAACGGGCCAAGAGGAAGUUCAGACGGGACGUAAGGAGAACAAAGCGGGCUAUGGACAAAGCUCUGAUUGAAAAGGGUGUCGAACUCUACCCCGAUAUCGAUAAAACCAAGGCAGCCAUAAAAAAGGUUCAAACGGACGAGGAAAAAUUUGCUUUGACAAAAGACCGUGCUAAAUUGGAUGCUGAAACUGACAAACUCAAACACGAAAUAGACGAUAAGUUUGGUAUACUUCUGCGAGAAAAAAGACCAGACAUAACAUCCCUGGCAGAAAAUGUGUUUUCAAGGACCCGUGGAGAUUCAGAGUUCCCUAGUCAUAUUACAAGGGUGCUUACAAGAUCGGAGAUCGAAGAUCUACGUCUUGUGUUCGGCAUGUUUGAUGUGAAAGGAAAAGGGUACAUCAAUGACAAGGACAUCAAGAGGAUAGUGAAGAUGCUUGGAUUCCGUGCCUCUACUAAGGUGUUUGAUGGCAUGAUCAGAGAACUGGCUGGUGACACAGGACGAGUGUCAUUUGUCAACUUCCUGGAAUUCAUCAUAAAGAGCCAGGGUGAGGGACCAGACCCAUUUGAUGAGAUUAAACAGGCGUUUGAGCUACUUGAUGAGGGCGAGAAGGGCUUUGUGACAUUCGAGGAUUUAAGACAGGCUGUUGACGACAACAAACUAACGUUUUCUAACCAGAUGCUGAAGGAAAUGAUGCAAGAUGCAGACAAGUCUGGAGAUGGAAAACUGACAUUACAGGAAUACACACAAAUUAUGUUACAUACCAGCCGAUUCAAGUUCGCCUGACACCCUGACAGGCUUCAGCAGAAUGGUGAUGGGGAUGUGUAUGAAAAGAACUCUCUAGUGUUGAAGAUCAACUUAGUUCUGGUUGAUAGGGGCCAAAAUUUGCUGGAUUAUGUAUCAACAAGGAAUGCAAAAUAUUUAUCAAUUCGAUGAUGAAUUCAUAUAUUAUAUCUUAACAAAUAAAAUAUUAGAUAAUUAUUGU